GCUGAAUACCAGAACACAGGAUAUGCUUCGCAGUGCUCUCAGUUUUUACAGCAGCAGCAGCAGCAGCAGCAGCAGCAACCGUGAGGACGACUCACUCUGCAGUCAAGAUGAGUGCUGGGGAUGUGGUCUGCACCGGCUGGCUCAUUAAAUCCCCCCCUGAGAAGAAAUUAAAGAGAUUUGCGUGGAGGAAACGCUGGUUCGUGCUUCGAAGAGGUCGCAUGAGCGGCAAUCCUGAUGUGCUGGAAUACUAUCAAAGUAAGAACUCCAAAAAGCCAAUCCGCACCAUCGACUUGAAAGAGUGUGAGGUUGAAAUGCUGAACGGGCAGCUCAGGAUAAAGCGAGACUUCCACGGAAAGCACCUUUUUGUGGUAAAGACCUCAUCUCGUGUUUUCUACCUGGUGGCCAAAACUGAGGAAGAGAUGAACAGCUGGAUCAGUAGCAUCAGUCAAAUCUGCCAGUUUGGGAGCCUGGAGGAUGCAGAGAGUUCAGAAGAAGGCUUUCCUCACACCCCCACCUCCCUUCAUCCGUCCCCUGACAGCUCUGACCGAGUGUCUGUAUCAAGCCAACCAGAUUCCAGUCACCCACUGGACUACCUGUUUCUCUCACAGUGUGAGACGGGGAGUGUAAGCACUAGUAGACAUGACAGCUUUUCAAACUCUGAGAUAUCUCUGGAGCAGAAGUCAUCAGACGAUGCUGUCAGGGACAUUGUUUUUUUUUCUUCUUUUUUUUUCAUCCCCCUUAUCACCCAUCCUCUCUUCUCGACUCCUUCUAUUUUUUCGCCUUUUGCAUCGUUUGAGGCAACGAGUGACAGACAAACACCCCCUCCGCUGCCACCCAAGUCUAAUCUCCUGUCAGAGCAGCUGAGUGAUAAUUUAGCUUGCAGGCCGAGGGCAAACCAUGUUGCAUUAUGUCACCGGAGGACCUCUUUGUCAAGCCUGGACCAUUUCAGAACAGGAAAUGCUGAUAGCAGAUUGAUGAGGAACAGGAGGCAGAGUCUUAAUCUGCAGCCUUGUUUAAAUACCACACAAGUUCAAAGCUACCAGGAUGAGUCAUAUGUCCCCAUGGCUUCCCCGUCUCCCUCUGUUACCACCAUUGAAUGUGAUGGCUACAUCCCCAUGAGCCCUGGGACAUUCAGUUUCCACAAUACAAACUGCAACUUUGAGUCCUCCACUACUCUCAGCACACCAAUGCGUCAACCUGGAGAUGUUGCGCCGCCUCCAAUCCACCGGCAUCUCAAGCCUCGUCUGAGGAGAGUUCGACCUCCACCUCUUGACUUGAGAGGCCUCUCUACAAUCACAGAAUGUCCCACUCAUCUUCCUUUGAGCAGAGCAAUGACUGAAUCAUGCUUUGCAAUGAACUGUUUACCUCUUGAUAGAAGAAUUGAAAACGUGGACAAUCCAAGAGAUGAAGACACACAGUGCACUGCAAUGGAGUCAAGGCAACAUUUCUGUGUCAACUUUGAUGGAGCGGUUCAACCCUGGGCGAGAAGAUCAAACCUUGACUAUUUGUCACUGGAUUUCAAUUCUGCAUCCCCCUCUCCUGUGCAGAAGCAGAAGUCCUUUCUGUCUGAUGAUCACAGAGUGGAUUACGUGCAGGUGGAUGAGAAGAAGACUCAGGCGCUGCAAAACACCAAAAUGGAGUGGACAGAUGUCAGGCAGUCAAAACCAUAAAUGGAACAUACCUGCUGAAAAAAAAUCACUUGGUUUCAAGAAAUAACACCAGCGAGGAGGACAGAAGAGGACCAAAACCAAUUUAAAAGCACUUUGAAAAACAGUAUUAAAAGUACAAGAGUAAAUAAGCAUUUAGAUGGUUGUUUGCCUAGUGGAAACACAAAACUGCACUGUAAAACUUUCACUCUCAGUAGAUCAAUUUUGUAAAUAAUACAAGAUCGUGCACUGUAUCACAACGAUCUUUACCGUAGCAUAAUGUCUUACCAAAUUUUGAAAAGGGCAUAAUAUUCUUUCAUUGUAAAAAACGCAUGUGAGAUAUGCUGUAAAUGUAUGUAAUAAUUGUGAUUGUAAAUAAGACAGCUAUUUUAAUGAUAAUAAUUAUUAAACAUAUUAAACAUUA